AAGCGGCGGAUCCGGCCGUGGCGGGUGGCCCCGGUGGCCGAGCUCCUCCUGCCAUGGAGACCACAGCGGCCCGCGAGCCCCGGGGGGCCGAGGCCCCGCGCCUGCCCGCGCCCCCGCCCCCGCCCCCGCCCUCGCCCUCGCCCGCCGAGCCGGCGGCCGCGUCCCCCACCCCAGCCGCUCCCCGCACCCGCCCGCGCCUCGUCUUCCGCACGCAGCUGGCGCACGGCAGCCCCACCGGCAAGAUCGAGGGCUUCACCAACGUCCGCGAGCUCUACGCCAAGAUCGCCGAGGCCUUCGGGAUCGCGCCCACCGAGAUCUUAUUCUGCACCUUAAACAGCCAUAAAGUGGACAUGCAGAAACUCCUGGGCGGCCAGAUAGGGUUGGAGGACUUUAUCUUUGCGCACGUGCGCGGCGAGACCAAGGAGGUGGAGGUCACUAAGACCGAGGACGCCCUGGGACUGACCAUCACCGACAACGGGGCCGGCUAUGCCUUCAUCAAGAGGAUCAAGGAAGGCAGCAUCAUCAACCGGAUCGAGGCGGUGUGCGUGGGCGACAGCAUCGAGGCCAUCAACGACCACUCGAUCGUUGGCUGCCGGCACUACGAGGUGGCCAAGAUGCUACGGGAGCUGCCCAAGUCGCAGCCCUUCACCCUGCGCCUGGUGCAGCCCAAGAGAGCCUUUGAUAUGAUCAGCCAGAGGAGCCGGAGCAGCAAAUGCCCCGUGGAGGCAAAAGUCAGCAGCGGGAGGGAGACCCUACGGCUUCGGUCUGGGGGGGCUGCCACCGUGGAGGAAGUGCCCAGUGAAUUUGAGGAGGAGGCAUCUCGGAGGGUGGAUGACCUACUGGAGAGUUACAUGGGCAUUCGGGACCCAGAGCUGGCGUCCACCAUGGUGGAGACGUCCAAGAAGACAGUGAGCGUCCAGGAGUUUGCACGCCAUUUAGACUCCGUCUUGGGCGAGUUCGCCUUCCCGGACGAGUUUGUGGUGGAGGUGUGGGCCGCCAUCGGCGAGGCAAGGGAGGCCUGUGGCUAGUCUGCCCCGGGGCCGAGCGCAGCCCCAGCCCGGAGCCCAGCCCCCUGCCCCAGCCCUCCUGGCCAGUUCCUGAAGCCCAGCCCUGCUCCAGAGCCCAGAA